CUGUCAUCUGUACUACUUUCCUUUUUCACGUGGCCUACAUUAUCUGUUGUCCUGAAGAAUGAACCUGAGAAGGCUGACACACCGAGAACAUGUGUGUUAAUAAAAGAAAAAACGCGGGAUUUAUGGACAGCAGUAUUUAAUGUGAUUGCAAGCUGCCGGGGAUUGAUAAACGCAGGAUGUUCGUCUUGGUUGGAUGCACUCUGACUCUUCUCGGUAGUUUUCUUGCGUUUAAUAAAUCCAGGAGCUUCUGGUUGAUCAUGGCGAGGAAAAUUGUACUCGAGCUGAAGUAUCAGCUGUUGGGGACCAGGGAGAUCUUUUUCGAUUUUGUGCAAUCGAGGUACAACAAAACAGAUUUACCAAAAAAAACCGGAUGUGUGGCAAUUGUAACUGGUGGUACACGAGGUAUCGGUGCAUCAGUUGUAAAAAUGUUCCUACAGUCUGAUAUGGACGUUAUUAUAGCUUGUCGAAGAAUUGAGGCGGGAGAGAAAGUAAUCGAGCAUAUUCGGAAAUCAGGCACAACGACAGGGAAAGCUGCCGUCUAUCACCUCGAUAACAUGAGUUUAGACUCUGUAAGAAAAUUUGCUGAAGAAAUUAAGAAAGGCUACACUAAAGUCAAUAUUCUCGUCAAUAAUGCGGGAAUAAUGUUCACACCUUACGAAGAAACAGUAGAUGGAUUUGAACAUCAAUGGGCUGUGAAUUAUUUGUCACACUUUUUGCUGACUGCGUUGCUAAUGCCGUUACUUCGAAAUGCUGGAUCAUCAGAAAAUUCAGCAAGAAUUAUUAGUGUUUCUUCCUGCGCGCACCUGCUUGGACAACUUCCUUUCAGCGAUAUUAAUAACAAAGCUCAAUUCAUAUCUACAGCGGCCUAUGCUCAGAGCAAAUUAGCUCAAGUUGUAUUCACCAAAUCUUUAGAUCAACUGUUAAAAGAAAAAAACCUCCCGAUUCGCGCCUUUGCAGUUCACCCAGGGAUCGUGAAUACAGACCUGUUUGACAACAGCUAUCUUAACAGCGCUAGGUGGCUCAGAGCUGCGUUCUUCAAGACUCCUCAGCAGGGUGCCACAUCAAUUGUCUACGCAGCUGUCAACAAGAAUCUCGAAGAUCGUGGAGGCGCAUACAUAAGCAAUUGUCUAGAAGCAACAGUCAGUCCUCUAGUUAAUGAUAAAUCCGUCCAGGAAAAAUUGAUGGCUGUGAGCCUUGAACAGGCUCAACUGAAGAACUUUUUUCAGUAUUUAUAAGAGUAUUUAUAAACGAAAAGGAUGACAUCUUCAGUACAAAUCGUUUUCUAAUUUAUACAAUUUAUUAUACAACUCCAUCCAUGACUCAACAGUAUAAAACCGAUGAAAUAUUUAUAUUUAUAGACUAUAAUAAAAUGGUUAAUGUGGAUUUA